AUGCUGUCGCAGUCGUCGGGGGUGCCGCACUGGGAGGCGGAGGAGUCGGGCGCGCGGGACGCGGCGGCGGCGGGGAUGGCGGGCGGCGGCAUGGCGACGAGCGCGCCGAUGCUCGCGCCGCUGUACCCGUCAAUAUCGAUGGACGCGCACGCCGUCGAGCUCGCGUCGUACAUUCUCUUCCCGCCGCCGCCCAGUCACGGCUCGCCCUCCCUUCGGUCCCUCAACGGUUCCGCCGGGGGGACCUCCGCGCCGAGUAGCGCAUCCGCGGCGGCGCAACUGGCGCGCCAGGCGGAGGCGGAAGAACCUCUGCUAUUCGCGGAACGGAUUUCCGCGCAGGCGCAGGCGCGGGGCGGGUUGGCGGGGGAAGCGACGGGGGGAACCGACGGGCAUGUGGGGAGGGAAGGGGCGGAAGGGGGAGCUGAAGAGGGGGGCGCGGGGAGGGCGGAAGGAGCAAUGCUCCCCCCUUCACCGUGA